UCUGAGUGAUAAAACCAAUAAACUAACAAGAAGCGCAAUAUAUCAAAACUAGAUGGCAGAUACUGUAGAACACUGUGAUGAUCAGGUCUCGAUAUUAUAUUGCUUUUUUUUUUUUUUACAGUUUACACCUUGAGGACCAUAGUCAGUCAGUCCAAAACCAGGCAGAGAUCAAAAACCAGAAAAUCAAAAAAAUCUGGGCACAGAAAAACAGGAAAACUGGGUCACAGAAUAAGGCUAGAACUGGUAGAAAGGAAUACAAGGGGAGACUCGGAAAACUGGAAUAGACGAUUGUUAUACAAAUGCCAACCAUUUUAGGAACUAGCCGCAAGAAACUGGACAGGUUUCAAUAGAACACUGAAGAACAGACAACGAGAAACAGAUGAGUGACAAGACAGAAUCACAGGAAGGAAAUACAUAUAAGGAGUGUGAGGCGGAGACAUUAAAUGAACUGGUGAAAUUAAUUAAUUAGUUCCUGAAACAGAAAACAGACUAUGGUGGUCACAGAGGGUAACAAGAAGCAAAAAUGUGAGAGACUUAGACAGAAAAUGGAGAACAGAGAACCACAGAUGGCAAAAGGGCACAGACGUGACAGAACCCCCCUCCCAAUGACUGGACGGUCACCCAAAUAAUACCAUGGGGAGGCGGAACAGGGAGGGUGGGUGGAAAUAAGGGAAAGUACAGGUGACCGCAUGGUCUCAGACAGGCCUGGGCUUCAGACGGACAGGGGGCUUUAGACCUGGACCUGGAGGGGCAGCCAAGAUCAGAGGCGUGCAGGAAAGUCCGAAAUCUAGUGGCAUAGUCUGACACAGAACACAGUAAGUAAUGAUGUUUUCAGGUUCCAACUGAGGUUCAUGAAACUUUUCUCUCAUCCAUUGAGGGGCCCUUACUGGACUGUUUUAUGUAAUCAUUUGUUGUGGGUACUUCACCCGAGAAUCAAUUUCAAUUAAAGACUGGGAGGCCCCUAUCUUUGUUAGUGCUGCACACAUUCAUAUCUUAUGCAAUUCAUAGAGAGACCUGAUUGCUGAUACAUAAAUGCCUAAUGCCCAACCUUCAGGAAAAAUGUAAAGGCCUUUGACAGGAUCUUAUGUAAUUUUAUCUGCAAAUGGUUCGCAUUUUUUCAACUUACAGGCACAAUACAUAAUUGCUGCUAGACCACUGCCUUGGAAAAAUACAAUUAAAAAUUAAAUAAGAAACUGAUAUUUCACUGUCCAACUAUAAAUGCAGAAAUAUAAAUGCAUACCCACAACAAAUAUACAUGCCUAAUUUUAAUAAAUUGAUCUUCAAAAUUUUCCCAAAUGAAAAAUUAGUCGGGAUCAAACGCUGAAAUCGUUGUUCCAGUUGGCAUGAGGUGGAAGUUGAAUGCAGUUAUUUAAGUCACAGGAACAUACAUUAUUCAUGGCGAAUGGUUGGGGCGGCCUCAGAACCUUAAAUAAAAAAUAUAUGGCAAUUCAUUGUAAAAUAGGUUGGCCAUACUUUCCACUGUACACUUUUCUGUGUCUGCUCCUCCUUUCCCUUCAUAUUUACUUGAGACGUGCUCUAAAGGAACCAAGAAGGAAAGCAAAGUGAGCAAACGAGGGAAAGAAUUUGGAAUCAAUUACAAUUAUUUUUUAUUGAAGGAGGGAGCAUUUUAAUAAAUCGAGCGCAGCCGAAGAUUCCGGUUUGGCGUUUCAUUGAGUCGUACCGUUUGACCUUCUACAUUUUCCGUAGGAGGAGUAAACAAAUCUGUAAUGACAUCUUGCUUUGCUGCUAUAGAAACGAGAAAGCUAAUCUGAGGAUUAGCUGGCUAAUGUAGUAUAUUCAACUCUGUAUUGCCUGUGGGUGUUUGUAUUCGGUGAACGCAGUAAAACGUCGACACUGUGUGUAAUGCCAUAAUGUCUGCAGCACCUGCGGAGAUGAAAGAAAAUGCUGAAGCAAAUGCCAAAUGGCUGGAUGCCCAUUAUGAUCCAGUGGCCAAUCUGUAUACCUUCUCACCCUGCAUCGCUCUGGCAGACCUGCAGGGUGACGGGGAUAAUAAGCUGGUGGUGGGUGACCUGGGCACGGGCGUGUGCAGCAUGAAGCUGAAGGUGUACCGCGGCACCAGUCUGAUGAGCGAGAACACUCUGCUGGACCUCCCCACUGGCCUGGUGUCCUUCUUCAUGGACCAGCAUGAGCCGCGCACCCCCGCCAUCGCCGUGGCCUCCGGGCAGUUCAUCUACAUCUACAAGAACCUGCGGCCCUACUUCAAAUUCACACUGCCCACCCUGGAGGUCAACCCCCUGGAGCAAGACGUCUGGAGCCAGGCCAAGGAGGACAUGAUUGACCCCAUGUCUUUGAAAGAAAUGCUGGAGGGAAUCAGGGACAAAGCUGACAUAGCCCUCUCUGUCCGAUCCCUGAAGUUUCUCAUGCUGGACCCUCAGGAGGCCGAGGCUUUCGUCCACCUCCACAAGCAGCAGCCAAUCCGCAGACAGACUGUCAUCACCUGUAUCAGCACUCUGAAGAAGAACAUGGCGGAUGAGGAUGCAGUCAGCUGUCUGGUCAUUGGCACAGAGAGCAAAGAUGUCUACGUCCUGGAUCCGGAAGCUUUCACCAUCCUGUCCAAGAUGUCCCUCCCCAGCGCCCCCACUCUGAUGGACGUGACGGGGCAGUUUGAUGUGGAGUUCCGUAUCACGGUUGCCUGUCGCAAUGGCAACAUCUACAUUCUCCGCAGGGAAUCCCCCAAGCCAAAGUACUGCAUCGAGCUGACCUCACAUCCUGUGGGCCUGGUCAGGGUUGGGAAGAACGUGGUGGUGGGCUGUGCUCAGGAGACCCUGCAGGGCUACACGCAGAAGGGGAAGAAGCUGUGGACGGUGUACCUCCCGGCCCCUGUCACCGCCAUGGGACUGAUGGACCACCACGGUAGGGGCUUCCAGGCCGUCCUGGUGGGGCUGGCCAAUAGUGAGGUGCACCUCUACCGGGACAAGAACCUCGUCAGCACCGUCAAGACCCCGGACGUGGUCACCAGCAUCUGCUUUGGGAGGUACGGUCGAGAGGAAGGCACCCUCAUUAUGACCACUAAAGGGGGGGGUCUGAUGGUGAAGAUCCUGAAGAGGACAGCAGUGUUUGAGGACAGAGACAUGGCCCCUGGGCCCCCCCUCGCUCAGAGCAUCCGCCUCAACGUCCCCAAGAAGACCAAGCUGUACGUGGACCAGACCAUGAGGGAGCGUGAGAACGCCGUGGCUAUGCACAGAGCCUUCCAGAUGGACCUGAGCAGGCUGCGUCUGGCCGUGGCCCGGGCCUACGUGAAAGCCCUGGAGUCCAGCCUGACCCCCAUGUCCUCCAGCCUGUCGGAGCCGCUGAAGAUGAACGCCGUGGUUCAAGGCCUGGGGCCGUCCUUCAAGCUCACGCUCAACCUUCAGAACACAGCAACCUGCCACCCCGUCAUGAACCUGGCCGUCAGCUUCCUGUACGACCAGACGCUGUACAGCAUGAGGAACGCCUUCUUCCAGGUCCCCCUGCUAGUCCCUGGACUGAAUUACCCCAUCGAUACCUUUGUGGAGUGCCUGACUGACAAGGGGAUCUCUGAUAUUAUCAAAGUGUUUGUUCUUCGGGAGGGGAAAAGUGCACCACUGCUCACCGCCCACAUCAACAUGCCCGUCAGUGAGGGACUGGCUCUCAGUUGAAAUGACAGUUGAUAUGACACAAACAUGAAUACCCAGUACGCACAUACCCAAUCCCAUACCAACGCGUACAAAUGCUCACUCACACAGGAACAUUAACGGGACCAGUCAGUCGGAAUGAAAUCUGAAACUCCGUAGGGGCCGGUGUAUAAACACAACAAAAACUGGUAGAAUAGGUCUCCAUGGUGACAGGCUGUGAGGUACUCUAUGUUUAGGGUGACACCUGCUGGCAUCUAGCUACUGUACAUUACUGUAGGGCCUGAACUCAGAUGCUGCCAAAACACUGUUUGAUUGGCAGCUAACUGGGUUGUGUUAAUGUCUUAUUUUGUAGACUCUUUGGAAACUUAAUAUAGUUUGUUAUUCUGUAAGUGUACAUAUAGUAAUAUUUAUAUGUAAAAUGUAUUAUUUAUUUGUAUCAAUUUGUAGUUAUGAAAAACCUAGAAUUUGUAUUCAUUAUUAAAAUGUGGUCUGAUGAGUCCACAAUGAGAGGAUUUCAUAA